AGACACCAUGGGGAAGCUUGUGGCGCUGACCUUGCUGGGAGCCUGUCUGGCCUUAAUAGGGGAAAGGCUGCUGAAUUUUAGAGAACGAGUUAGUACAACUCGAGAAAUAAAGGCCACAGAACCACAAAACUGCCACCUGAUUGAGGGCCUCGAGAAUGGCUCUGAAGAUAUUGAUAUACUUCCUAGCGGGCUGGCUUUUAUCUCCACUGUGAGUAUUUGCCAACCGCUCUGACGCUCACAUCAAUAGCUGUAGAGGCCGUGCAUUAAAGUUUCCAGCCCAAGAUGCCAGAUGGACCCCUACAUGCUCUUGCCACCUCUGGGUAGACCAGUCAACUACAAAAGCCAAAUUGCAAUCUGGAGGCCUAAUUAGAGCACCACAGGCAUGCCUAACUCUGGCCGCCUCAUGUGGGCUGCUUCCCAUGGUCAGCUGCAUGCUCGGGAUUAAAAUAUCCGGGCAUGCCAGCGUUUGCACCGGACAAACCAGGAAGAAUCUUUCUGAUGGAUCUGAAUGAGCAAAACCCAGAGGCGCAAGCACUGGAAAUCAGUGGUGGGCUUGACCAGGAGUCACUAAAUCCUCACGGGAUCAGCACUUUCAUCGACAAAGACAACACUGCUUAUCUUUAUGUCGUGAAUCACCCCAACAUGGACUCCACUGUGGAGAUAUUUAAGUUUGAAGAACAACAACGCUCUCUCAUCCACCUGAAAACUCUAAAACAUGAACUUCUCAAGAGUGUGAAUGACAUUGUGGUUCUUGGGCCAGAGCAGUUCUAUGCCACAAGAGACCAUUACUUUACCAGUUAUUUCUUGGUACUUCUGGAGAUGAUCUUGGACCCUCACUGGACUUCCGUCGUUUUCUACAGCCCAAAAGAGGUCAAAGUUGUGGCCCAAGGAUUCAGUUCUGCCAACGGAAUCACAGUCUCACUAGACCAGAAGUUUGUCUAUGUAGCUGAUGUAACAGCUAAGAACAUUCACAUAAUGAAAAAACAUGAUAAUUGGGAUUUAACUCCAGUGAAGGUCAUUCAGCUGGGAACCUUAGUGGAUAACUUGACCGUUGAUCCAGCCACGGGAGAUAUUUUGGCAGGCUGCCACCCUAACCCCAUGAAGCUGUUGAUCUAUAACCCUGAGGAUCCUCCAGGGUCAGAAGUACUACGCAUCCAGGACUCUUUGUCAGAUAAGCCCAGGGUGAGCACACUGUAUGCGAACAACGGCUCUGUGCUUCAGGGCAGCACCGUGGCUUCUGUGUAUCAUAAGAGAAUGCUCAUAGGUACUAUAUUUCACAAAGCUCUGUACUGUGACCUCUAGAUCUUUCUAAAACGUCUUUAUAUUUGGCAAAAGUAAAAUUGUAAUUUGUAUGCUAAGGGGAACUGUAAUUAUUUACAAUUAUCAGUGAUUGUAUGUAUGGUUUUUCUUAUGGAGAAAAGUAAAGGAGUAUAGAAACGUAUAUCCAUGAAAUCAAGAAUCAAGUUAGUGAGUGGCAACCAGAUACCCAUGUGUCCUUUACUGUAUGUGCCCAACACCCUGUAUACUCUGUGAUGCGUAGGCUGUAUCGGCUUACAUUUCCCAUUCACUUGAAUUUGUGCUCCUUGUUAAGUGUUCACUAAAACCACCUCCGACCGCUGUGAUAGUCUGAGGCUUCUGCAGUCCACAGAGUGAAGAAGCGAAUGGCUAACUAUUACGAUUCCCAUUCUCUGUCUGUCUCGUAUAUGGUACCAUCUUCCAGUCACAGAUCCUGACUCUCAUCUUUAAACUCUAAAGCCUUUCUUGAACACAGAUUUGCCAUACAGGGAGCAAGAUUCUGGAAAUCUGAAAAACCGCAUCAGCUAGCUUGGUGCAUGCUAUGCUCGUGUACUUCUUUGAAUAAGGCUUUUUAUACCAAUAUUUCCAUUAUGUCACCAAUCUUGGCUCUGAGUGUAUGAGAAGGCCCCGGGACAGUUACCUUCAGCCAUGUUCAUCUUCUCUACUAGUUAAUAAACACUUAGUAAGCAGCCUCCAGCUGAUGGGAACCAAUAAAUCCAAAAUGAAAAAAAAUAUAUGCCCAAAUGGCAUGUACUAAUGGACAAAUCUAAAUUUAAUUUGAUGAGAAUAAAUAAAGAAUUCCUUUCUUGGUUAAAACAACAAACAAACAAACAAAAACCAAUGAUUUGUAGUUCAUAACCACCUCCCUUCCCGUAGGGAACAUUAAGACCAAGUUUUCUGCACAAAGAUUUAUUUGCCCCAGAGGGACAGAUAAGGAACAAACACAGGAGAUAGAGGAAGAGGGAGAAGGAACAGCAACAAUGGAGAGGGGGCAGAGACAAGGGAGAAAGGGAAGAGGUAUUUAUCCCAUAGUGGGGGUGGUGGGGGCGGUGGGGGCAGUGGGGGCGGGGUGGGGAGAGGACUGUCUCUGAAUAGGGAGGAUACAGGCAUGGAGCACAGGCAAAUGGUGAUUAUAAAGGUAAAAUGGAAACCCUCCAUAUUAGGAUGAGGUGUUUAUUUAUUAAUUUUUAUUUAUUAUUGGGGGGAGUAAUACAGGGUUUCUCUGUGUAACAGUCCUGGCUGUCCUUUGAAUUCUUCUUACAGACCAGGCUAUCCUCAAACUCACAGGAAUCCGACUGCCUCUGCCUCCUGAGUGCAGUGCUGGGAUUAAAGGUGUAUGCUACCACACAAGGUGAUUAAUUUUAGUUGGGCAUGUUAAUUUGGUGAGUCAAAGAGGACAUCUGAUUGCUAGACUUCAAUACUUUCAUAGGUGAACCUUGGUAGUCAGCUUUGGGAGGAGAAGUGGCCAAAUAAGGGAAUAGAUCUUGGGGACUGGCUUUAGGAAUGUGAUCUAAGAAUUUUUAGCAAGGCAGAGGGAAUAGGAGAGAAGGGAGAGGCCUGCUAGAGCUACAUUUGCCACACUAGAGCUUCGAGAGUCCUGUCAUCCCCUCCCACAAGGUGUAUUUGGUAAUGGGGAAUUAAGGAGACCUGUUUAUAUUCUAAAGAACACUGCUUAGUUAAAAGUUUUGUAAAUAGUUUUAUGCCAGGACAAAAUAAUACUCUUUACUUUUAACCUGUGCAAUCAUUUUUUAUUCAGACAUUAAGAUUUUAUAACUUUCAUUACUUCAAGGAAGGAAUAGCCCAGCUGAAUGUUAGAGGGAGAUGUCACCUUUUAAGUUCCAAAACACAGCCGUAUGUUGCCGAGAGCUUAGCUGUUCGACUCUUUGCCUUGUAAGCAUGAGGAACAAACUUUGAUCCCCAACACCCACAUAAAAGAGCUAGGUGUGUGGUUUGUGUUUGUAGUGCCAGCACCGGGCAAGGAGAUUCCUGGUACUUUCUGGCUAAAAGCCUAGCAUAUUUAGUAUACUUUAGGCCAGUGAGAAGCUGCCUCAAACAACAACAACAACAACACCACAUUGUAGUUGAUGCCCUACAGAGCAACCCCAGAAGCUGUCUUCUGGCCUUCACGUACAUAUGCAUGCAAGCAUGCACAACUCCAUGCAUGCACAAAAUGUAGUUAUUGAGAAGACUCCAAAUAAAACUAAUGAUUAAAAGCCAUGCACACUUGUAACUCGGUCCAUUUUGAAAAAUAUGAUAAUUUCUUUUUUAUCCUAUGCAUCAUAACUACUGGAUUACUUAACAUUUGACUAUUAAGGCUUUAACUGAAUAAAAGAAGCAUAAGCUAAAUCCAAGGGGAGUGGGAUAGUGAACCAUAUCCUAGAAAAUCCAAGAGUUCAAAGAGCUGAAUUCCCAGCUUAGGUUAAAGUCAGUGUGAAGUGGCCCCACAUUCCACUCCCAGAAGCCUGAACAGACAGUUGCUUUGGCAUUGAGAAAAACAGAAGGAAGAGAUCAGAUGUAGGUGAGAGAUGAUAAUCAUAUGUCUGCCGUCACUCAGUUUCCCAUUGAAUGGUCAAAGCCAUUCUGAAGCCCCAAGAAGUUGAGAGUAGAUUGGUAGUUACCAGAGACCAAGAGAGUAGGGGUUUUCUGGGAAUGGAGGAGGGGUACUGAGGGCUUAAUCAUUGAGUUCUAAGUUACAGUUAAAUAGAGUGAAGGAGAUGAAGAGAGUUAUUACCCAAGGCAACUGCUAUAGAUGACAGAAAUGCUCUCAUUAUUUCAAAAAUCUUGGAGAAAGAAUCAUGAAUAUUUUCACCACCUAGAAUGACCAAUGUUUGAGGAGAUAUUUUCAGUCUGACUUAAAUAUUACACAAAGUAUAACGCUUCAAAAUAUCACAGCAAUAGAAGAUAUCAAGUUAUGAGCUUACUUAUGCCAUGUUAGUAAACUAACAAACACCUCCUUAGCAGAACCAAAUGCAGGCCCUCUUAUGACUUUAUACUAUGCACUACAAAAACGCUUGGAUCUCAACAUCCAUCUUUGAAUCUACUGAGGGCAAAUAAUUUGUUGCCUGUUGAGGUUAUGCAGGCUGUAAGAAAAUAUCAGGUCAAAGCAUACUCAUAUAAGGCAAUGGAUGACUGGGUGAGUCACGUGGAGCAUAAUCUAGACUUGUUUUUAAGAAACAUAUGCUCCGCCCAGGGAGUGGCACUAUUAGAAGGUAUGGCCCUGUUGGAGUAGGUGUGUCACUGUGGGUGUGUGCUUUAAGACUCUCAUCCUAGCUUCCUGGAAGGAGUAUUCUGCUAUCAGCCAUCAGAUGAAGAUGUAGAACUCUCAGCUCCUCUUACACCAUGCCGGCCUGGAUGCUGCCAUGUUCAUGACUUGAUGAUAAUGGACUGAACCUCUGAAGCUGUAAGCCAGCCCCAAUUAAAUGUUGUCUUUAUAAGAUUUGCCUUGGUCAUGGUGUCUGUUCAGAGCAGUAAAACCCUAAGACACAUAUGGUUGUAUCAGGUAGUAAGACUGGAAAAAGGAGAACAAAAACAAAAACAAACAAACAGGAAAGGAAGUGGGUGAGGGACAAAGAGAGGAAGAGAAAGAAAUGGAUAAACUCAACCAGAGAUGAUACAGAGCUGGAGAGAGUGAAAUGAGAGGUAGCCCAUGGGAGAGUAUAUGCAAGAAAAUGAUAUACUUAACAGAAAACGUAGACAUGCACAUCUGAGAGAGAGAGACAUGGUGGCUAAAGUAAGGGAUUUAGCUUGUGACAAAUUGAAAUCCGAGAAGAAAGGAAUAUAGAAUUUGUAAUAAAUAAAUAAAUAAAUAAAUAAAUAAAUAAAUAAAUAAAUAAAUAAGUGAUCACAUUGCAAAUUAGAAAUACAUAUCAUAUCUUGGUAAAAUUGCAGAAUAUCAAAUCCAAAGUCUUUAGAAAGAGUCAGAAGCGAAAAGCCUGGCAUCAUCAAAAAGAAAACAUUACCAUGGUCAAAAGGGAAACCCCAGAAGGUGCCACACACUCCGGUUGAGUCAGCUUGACAGGCCAAGAGGCCUGGAAGCACUUAAGAGGCAGAGAGUUUCACGGAAACUCAACUUCUGGAGUUUGGCGUUCUCAUUCAACCACAUACUCAUACACUAUUCCCGAGUUAGUCUGGUGUAUGGAUCCACGUGCUCUCUUUUAGUAUUAUCUUAUUAUAAGUGCCUUUUAAGAUUGAAUUCUGACAUAGCUAAGCCUUUGCCAGUGUUCUAAUGUCCUAGAAAGUCCUUGAGCUGACCAUGGGCUUGGAAUUCAGUAAGAAUGUUGCCUAUUCAGUGACAUUCAGAAUUGCCUCUGAUAUUACACUAUCACUUUGAAUAAAAACUAAGUGACUGCCCUACACAGGAAUUUACCAUCAUCUAGGAAGAAGGAAGUUUGAGACCUAAGGAGGAACCAGAGUAGAUACUUAGAACUAUAGAUGGCUGAGUUACACCCAUACACACAUAUUUACAAUGGCCUAGGGGGAAGGUAGACUAUACAAUAGACUAAAAUAGGAACUAUGGCAAGGGCAUGAAGCCCUUGACCCUGGCUUCUAAGAUUAAGUGGACCUUAGGUGGAGCUCUUUUUGAUCCCAGUUGUUAACAAUGAAUUCUAUCCCAGGUGGUUCCUGUCAGACCUUCUGUGUUUGCAUUCCUCUGUUUUGUGUAAGAAUCCAGUAACCUCUUUGUACCUUGUUGGUGUGUCACCCAACUUCCCUAUUUUCUUCUGUAUAAAAAGUUUGAUGCUUGAUUUGACAAAUUACAUUCAGAUUCUACACAACCUCUCCUGUGUUGGUCUGUCUGUCAUUCCCUCUGACGCUUUGCCCACCUGCCCCAUAGACCCGUUCUACACAGACAAUGGGAUCCAGAGGGUCUGCGGCAAGAAGGUCCAAUAACUUCAGAGUCUUCUGAAGUGUAUGCUAAGUGUGUGUGGCGGUACCUUCAGAGUCCAGAGGAAGGUAUCAGAUCCUGUGCAGCUGGAGGUACAAGUAGCCAUGUACAGCUCAGCACAGGAGCUGGGAAUGGAACUUGGCUCCUCUACAAAAGCAGUGUACAUUCUUCACCAUGGAAACAUUCUGACAAGCUUCCUGGAGAGCCUUAAAAAAUGGUCACCCUGUUUCUAAUGAAAACUUUGAAUAAACGAUGACUUAUAUAGGGAGAUAUAAGAAUGAAAACACAAAUAAAUUGUCAUAAUAGAGCACUGGUUUUAAUUAUAUUCAUUAGGUAUUAGUAUAUAUAGAAAUUUUAGAAAUAUAUAAGUAGGAUACAAAUAAAAGCAAACUGUAUCGAGUAGAGUUAAUAUAAUAAAAACUUGUACCAAUCUUU